UCAUAGAUUUAUGAGUAUUGCAUUCAUUCCUGCUUAGAUAGAGUUUUCAGAGCUAUACCAAAGUAAGAAGAAGAAGAAUUAGAGUUAAGAGAAGUUUGGGUAAGAUGGCUGGUCAUGGACCUGGUGGAGGAGGAAGAGGAGGAGGAGGAGGAGGAGGGCCUGGUGGUGGUGGAGGCGGCGGUCAAGGAGGUGGCCAAGGAGGUGGAGGACCUGGUGGUGGUGGAGGUAUUUUCGGAGCUAUUUUCGGAGGUAUUUUUGGACGUCAUGGUGGUGGUGGAGGCAGUCAAGGAGGUGGAGGACCUGGUGGUGGUGGUGGAGGAGGGCCUGGCCAACACGGUGGUGGAGGUAUUUUUGGAGGUAUUUUUGGACGUCAUGGUGGUGGUGGAGGCGGUCAAGGAGGUGGCCAAGGAGGAGGUGGUGGUCAACAAGGUGGUGGAGGUGGACAAGGAGGUGGUGGUGGAGGUGGUCAUGGAGGAGGAGAUGGUGGAGGUGGUCGAGGAGGAGGUGGUGGAGGUGGUCAAGGAGGAGGUGGUGGUCGUGGAGGAGGAGGAGGAGGAGGUCGUGGAGGACGUUGAAAAUUUCAUGUGGAUGGCAAUUUAGGUGAAAAUAUUUGUGCAAGCAUGUAAUGUGUGAUCUGUUUCCCAAAUAAGCAUGUUUGUGCAAUACCAUACUAUAGAUAUGCCUCAAUCUCUUGUAUAAGAGAAUUUAAGGGGUUAAAAAUUUCUCUUUUGUAAUUUGAUAUAAUGAGUGAAAUAAAACUAGUGCAAUAAUUAUUUGUUGUAUUA